AAGUUUUCCUUAAAUACCUCCCUCGUGCUUUUGGAACAUAGAAAAAUAAAGCGUCCGGAGCCUGAAAAACACAAAGCAGAGCAGCCGGAAGGAUACAGAGUGAGGCACCGCAAAGCAAUGUCGGUUACACUGCACACCAACUUCGGCGAUAUCAAGUGUGAGAUCUUCUGCGACGAGGUCCAUAAAGCGGCGGAGAAUUUUCUGGGGUUAUGUGCUAGCGGCUAUUAUGAUGGGACAAUAUUUCAUCGAAAUAUUAAGGGUUUUAUGAUUCAAGGUGGAGACCCAACCGGUACUGGAAAGGGGGGGAAUAGCAUAUGGGGCAAGAAGUUCAAUGAUGAAAUACGAGAGUCUCUCAAGCAUAAUGCUAGGGGCAUACUUUCAAUGGCUAAUAGUGGGCCGAACACUAAUGGAAGUCAGUUUUUCAUAACUUAUGCAAAACAACCACAUCUAAAUGGGUUAUACACAAUAUUUGGCAAAGUUAUUCAUGGGUUUGAAGUCCUUGAUAUAAUGGAAAAGACUCCUACAGGACCAGGAGAUCAACCGCUUGCAGAGAUAAGGCUUAAUCGGGUCACGAUACAUGCUAACCCACUUGCUGGCUAGCCUUGUUUCAGCUGCAAUAUAGUUGGUGUUGAGGGUGCUUGUACCAAUGAUUUUAGGGUUGAGCACUUGGCUAACAGGUUCACUUCAAAAGACUAACUAAAUAUAGAUUUUUCUGCUAGUGUUAUUUUGUUCCUUUGUUAAUUUGCCUGUUUUUAAUGGGGUACGUAGCGAUUUGGGGGAUUCAAACCUCAUGACCAUGGCCAUAAUGAUCACCCAACUAAAUAUAGAAUUUUCUGCCA